UAAAAUUGUACUUUAAUGCAUAAACAAUAACAAAAACAUUUUCACUCAUCAAAAACUCACAUAUCAUGUUUAUUAUUUUCGAAAAAUAUAUAUUUAGAUGAAGCUUCUCGUCUCAGGUUAGUCAUUCGGUAUGGUCAUCUAAAAAUGUUAUUAAUUCUUCAGUGCAGUAUCAAUCGAGUAUUUUUUUUGUUGAAAAUGUACUGGGAAUAUGUCUGUAUAAGAGUAUGGAAUUACUGAAGCACAUACGCAAACGUUUGUAUUACAUAACUUAGUCAAAAUGUCGAAAAGGUCAACCUUGAAAUGGUGUUCAAUUACUGCCCAUGAACAAUUUAAGAAUUUACCUGGCAAGGCUUUUGAAUAAUGGUGGUACUAGGGUAAAAAUAGAAAGUACAGUUUGUGCUGAUUCUUAUGAUAUGAUGAUUAUACAGAUCUAGUGGAUUUUACGAAUAAAACAUACACAUUUCGUAUGAGGAAGAAAACACAAGUCAGGUGUUGACAGGAGAAAAGGCGCCUAGGGACAAUGAUUGAAUCUACACGGUUCUCAUCACAUCUUCAUAAAUGGGCAUGUCACCCAUCACUCCACUCAUUCCAAGACAUUCAUCUCUCAAGCAUCUUCAGCCAAUUACAUCUCCAUAACAGGGAACAUGUCUGGGGUGAUUGCAAUUCCCCAGGCGACACCAGCCACGACUCCUAAAAAGAGAUCCAAGCCCAAGAAGACUGGACCCACCGUAUCUGACCGCAUCCUGAAGGUUGUGUCAGCAUCCAGUGACCGAAGUGGUGUGUCUCUUGCGGCUCUCAAAAAGUAUUUGGCAGCCAGCGGCUAUGAUGUUGUGAAGAACAACGCCCGACUCAAACUGUCUGUCCGGCGUUUGGUGGCCAAAGGAUAUCUUCUGCAGCCUAAGGGCACUGGGGCAUCCGGCUCUUUCAAAAUUAACAAAAACAAAGCUGUGGCUAAAAAGAAAAAACCUAUCAAGAAUAAAGUCAAGAAGGUGGGGGCCAAGAAGGUCAGGAGAGCGUCACCCAAGAAGGCAGCGGGCGCCAAGAAGUCCCCAAAGAAAACCAAGAGGAAGAGUCCCAAGAAGGCCAAAAGACCUGCAGCAGCAAAAAAGGCCAAGAGCCCCAGGAAGACCAAGCGCAGACUCGCCAAAUCCACCCGGGCUAAAGCUACUCCUAAGAAAUAGGCCUACGGUAGACCUACUCGAUCAGCUACUCGUGGAAGACCGUGGAAUGUAUUCUCCCUGCACAGCUUAAGAGGCCUCAAGCGCAUUUGUACAUCCGAAGAAUCCAUCUCAUGAACUUUAAUAAGUUUGCUUAGCAGUUUUUUUUGUCCCGACAGUGGAUUUUUUUUAAAUUUAAUUUACAGUGCUGACACUGUUACCUAUCUUGCGCUUUUAAUGAAUGUGGAGAUAGGGGAGGCUCAUGGAUAUUAUUGUUUAAAAAAACAAUACAUCUUUUUUGAAAAAACUAUUAAAUGAUUUAAUUUAAAUUGUU